CGCCGCUGGGGCCGAGGCCGAGGUCGGCGUCACCGACCGCUCCGGGGAUGUAGCUCCGGGGAAGGUGGCCCCGUCAGAGCCCUCGGCCGCUGCCGCCGCCACCGGAGCUCGGCCCGGUUUACCAUCAAAGGGGGAUUUCUGCCCCCCAGGACUGGGAAGCUUCAGCUUUCAACCAUACUGAAGCCAUUGGUUGUCAGGUGCCAACCAGAUGUCUUCCUGCAAAGGAUCUGUGGUGGGGCAGGGCAAUGGGGCACCAGCCAGUAACCGAGAAGCAGACACAAUGGAGCUCGCUGAGCUAGGACCCCUACUAAUAGAGAAGGGUAAACGAAUGACUCCCAGUUCCACCAAAGUUGAAGAAGAGCAGACAUGUCCAGUACCCCAAGAAGAAGAAGAGGAGGUGCAGGUACUGACAUUGCCCCUACAAGCCCACCAUACCAUGGAGAAGAUGGAGGAGUUUGUAUAUAAGGUGUGGGAAGGACGCUGGCAUGUCAUCCCAUAUGAUGUGCUUCCUGACUGGCUGAAGGACAAUGACUACCUUCUGCAUGGUCACAGACCACCCAUGCCUUCCUUCCGUGCCUGUUUUAAGAGCAUCUUCCGUAUCCACACUGAGACUGGUAAUAUUUGGACCCAUCUGCUUGGUUUUGUGCUGUUUCUCUUUCUGGGAAUCCUGACCAUGCUCAGACCAAAUAUGUACUUCAUGGCCCCUCUACAGGAGAAAGUGGUCUUUGGGAUGUUUUUUCUGGGUGCUGUGCUCUGCCUCUCCUGGCUCUUUCACACUGUCUAUUGUCAUUCAGAAAAAGUCUCUUGGACAUUUUCCAAAUUGGACUAUUCAGGGAUUGCUCUACUGAUCGUGGGGAGCUUUGUGCCCUGGCUCUAUUACUCGUUCUACUGCUCUCCACAGCCACGGCUCAUCUACCUCUCCAUUGCCUGUGUCCUGGGCAUCUCUGCCAUCAUUGUAGCCCAGUGGGACCAUUUUGCCACACCCAAACACCAGCAAACCAGAGCAGGAGUGUUCCUGGGACUUGGUUUGAGUGGGGUUGUGCCCACCAUGCACUUCACUAUUGCAGAAGGCUUUGUCAAGGCCACAACAGUGGACCAGAUGGGUUGGUUCUUCCUCAUGGCUGUGAUGUAUAUCACUGGAGCUGGGCUAUAUGCUGCCAGAAUCCCUGAGCGCUUCUUUCCUGGCAAAUUUGAUAUAUGGUUCCAGUCACAUCAAAUUUUCCACGUCCUGGUGGUGGUGGCAGCCUUUGUCCACUUUUAUGGUGUCUCCAACCUUCAGGAAUUCCGUUAUGGCCUUGAAGGUGGCUGCACUGAUGACUCCCUUCUCUGAGUCCAUCUGCUACAGAGAUAAAGGAGGAGCUUCCCAAGUGCUUUUUAAAAACUGUUUCUUUGCUAAAGCGAAAGGAAGACUUGAGUUGUCUGUUUCUGGAAGAAACCUCUUAGUAAAUUCCAUACCAACUGAGCCUCAGCCCACCCUUACACCUG